AACAACCACAGGCCAUGGGUGGAAAUGGCAAACAUAAAUGAAAGGUUUCUUUAUAUUCUCGCUCAAAAUCUGCAAAACCCCAACAACAACAACCACCUCCUAGAGAAUUCCUUAAUCCCAUUUAUGGAUCCUCAAUGCCCGACCUUGUUGUUGUCUCCUAUAGCCACACCUUCGAGUGGCUUUCAGUCCAAGUUUACGGCUAUUUAGGCUUUGCCCCUACCCUCGAAGACGACACCCUACCUGAUUUUACCACAAUAAACCCCAAAUAGUAAUAGAGGAAGAAGGAGAGAUUCAUUUUGCUUUGUUUGGUCUACAUGUUAAAUUUGUGAGCGUUUGGAUGAUCCAAAGAAAGCGUGUAUGAUAAAAGCCUUAAAUGUCUUUUUAUAUGUUAAAUGAAAUAUAAUGGAAAAUUAGAAUUAUUUUUUUGAAGCUGUUGUGACACCCGUUUAAGGAUGUAAGUUUAUGAUUCAACACAAAAAUAGUAAAAUAAGAGCAUCUCCGUCAAAAUAAAACACUUGCUCCUCAUAUAAAUUUCCUUUUGUUUUCGCCGUCGCAUCUCCACCGAAGUACCAAGCACCAAACAUUCUGGACUGGUUCCUUCCAGCAACCAUAACAGACAACAGAGACGGUCUCUAUCUCUAAAUUUUGAAUCUUGGAAAACAGCUAGCCACGAAGCAGCUCGCAUGUUCUCUUUUAUGCAAAAGAUGCUUAGAUUUCAAAGGAGUUUCUCUGUUUCCCCCUGCCCUACACUUCCCUUACAGCUUCCAUCUCCAAUGGAAACCCAUCUUUGGUUUGUUGUACCUGAUGAAUUCAAGAGCGUGUCUCUUUUGAAUCAAUACAUGGAACUUCUAUCUCCAUGUGAGAAAGAAAAUGUUUUGAGUAUGCGUGGAGAGCAGCUCCAGAAAAGUGCCUUGCUUGCUCGUACUUUGGUUCGCACUACUAUUGCAAGAUAUCAGAUAAAUAAUCGUGUUGUUGAUCCAAGAUCUUUGAAGUUCAAGAGGAAUGUUCAUGGAAAGCCUGAGGUUAGUUUUCAUUUGUUAAUUCAGAAAGAGUGGGAAAGUGAUGGUGGUCAGUGUCCUUCACCAUUACACUUCAAUAUCUCACAUACGUCGUCCUUGAUAGCUUGUGGAGUGACUCUGAAUUCAUCGAUUGGAAUUGAUAUAGAAGAGAAGCAACGCAAGAUUAAAAACAAUAUCUUAUCUUUUGCACGGCGUUACUUCUCUCUCCAUGAAGUGGAACAUUUAAGUGCUAUUUCAGACUCUGAAGUUCAGCGCCAGGAAUUUGUAAAGUUAUGGACUCUCAAGGAGGCAUAUGUGAAAGCUUUGGGAAGAGGCUUCUCUGCGGCACCUUUCAAGACUUUCACCAUUCGCAUAAAGAAUGCCUUUAGGAGGGGCUUUGAUCAUGCUGAUGAUAUAGAAUCUGGGGCAUCUGAAGUAGUUGUUGAAUCUUCUGAUCACCAUGAGAGGUUCACAAACAACUGGCAAUUUGGACUCUUUGAACUGGCCAGUUCUCAUUAUGCUGCCGUUUGCAUGGAAAAAGAUAAAACAAGGGAUGCUGGGGUGAGUGGUCCAAUGAGAUUGACUGUACGGAAAACCAUUCCAUUCGUUGAAGAUGAGUGCAUUUCUGGAACUGAUGCAGUAGUACCUCUUGCAGGCUUGAUCGAGCAAUUUUGAUCAUAUACUUCCAUUUUUCUCAUAUUAUUAUUUUUAUUUGGCAUUGCAUGCGCAUUGUGGCAUAUUAUAUAAUCAGAAAAAAAAAAUUGAUUCGUUUAUAAAGUAGUGACCUUUCAUACGUAGUAAAGAUACAAGACAUUUGUACUGAUCUUUCGUAAAUUAUAAAGUCAUUUGAUUUGUACUCUAAUUCUGUUCUUUAUAACCCUUGUUUUACAUCA